AUUCAUCAUUCAUGGAACCAUCUCCUGAAGGGCUCACUGUGAGGAACAUAUCGAGACUCUCUAGGAAUAGCAACGAAGACAGAUCGGCAACACCUUCAAGUGCAACCUCACGAGGCAAAGCCCUUUGCCGGGCCUGUGGCACUCCGGGAAACCAGGUAACGCCGUUGAUUGCUUGUAGUAUCUGUUCCAGAGGCUAUCAUGACGGUUGUGGUAAUCCCAAACCACGUCAAAGUGCAACCCCAGACGAUUUUGUAUGUGGCAAGUGCCUAAAGCAACGACGCGCAAACAAUUCGAUGAAUACUGGAGAAUCAAGUCUGUCGCUGCCAGAGACUGCGACCCCGUCAAAUGAGGUCAAAAAUAAGAUUAAUGUCUCGAGUCGCGCUUUACAGGGAGAUUUGUACAAGGGCAUCACGUGUCCCUCCUGGAGAGUUCGCAGGUGUCCUCUGUUUGAAGCUCAUUGUCUCUUCGCCCACCGAGAAACUGGCCAUGAUGUCGGUGGUAAAGCUUUCGAAUGUCCCGCUUGGCGGGCGGGGCUUUGCUCCAAGAGCCCUUCUGAGUGUCCCCUUUCCCAUAAGAGUACCGGCCUCCACGUGGACAUGGGUAAAAGGGUCUGCCGAAAACAUAUCACCUGCUACUUUUGGAAAAGAGAUGGCCGGUGCCCUCGGUCAUUCUGCCUAUUCGGCCAUACCAAUACAGGCAUCCUUGAGUGGCAGCCAAAAGGCUCAUCGAUGAUCGAGAAAGGAGUCAAUUCCUUGAGUGACUACAUGUGCCCUCGCUGGGAGAGGUAUUCACCGGGGUACUGUCAAUGGGCAACACGGACUGGUCCAUGCCCGUAUUCGCACUAUGCGACCGAGAAGUCUUGUUUUCCCAAUCCUGAGCGACAUCCAAAGGCCACUCCUGAAAGAUCAGUCGAGACAGAAGAAAGUGUUGUGCCACCCACACCCACUCUACCAACCCGUUCUCCUAGCAACAGCAAUUAUCUGCCAGAUACCAAAACACCUCAAACAGCGGGAAAGGACAAGGGUCACUCUGUCCAAACUGCCGUCUCAGACGCAGAUGACGCAGACACAGAGCAUGAAGUCAAUGCAUCACGCAUGGCAUCUCAAGCGGAGCCUGCUCCCUCUCCCAAGUCACCAAAGGUGAGCAACCUUCAGGCAGAGAACUCUGAGGCGAGACCUCGUAUCAUGUGGGCAAAGCGAGGUGGACGCCGCUCAGGGCCUGAGGGAAGGCGCAUCGGGCCGAGACCGCAAACACCACCGGUCGCUCUAGACCCAAUCCCCCAACCAAACACACUGAAUCGAACGAAUAUGAGCACAGCGAAGAACAUUGAAGCAUCAAGUUUCGAAAGUCAACACCAAAAGCAGAUAACCUCUAGACAUGUUUCAAGCGCGGAACAAGGUCAAAUUCGCACCGCCACUGGCAAUCCGGUCACGGCUGAUAAUUCGUUGAAUAUGGGCGAACAACAGUCGCCAAUGACAAUAGAGGCUCAUCCACAACAUUUCAACGUGAGAAAGCGUACUGCUGAAGACGAAGCCGGGUUUGUUACUUCAAAAAAGAGAUUCAGCCUUACCACGCAAACGUUCGACAAGGUGAACAGAGCAUUGGGAAGAUCUGAGAAUCUCCCGAGAGUGUCUCUCGAUGACCCUCUGGAUCCUGCACAACUUUACCCACCAUCUAGUGGACUCGGUGCUCCUGAAAUCUUGAGCAUACUCAAUAAGCAAGCCUCCUCAUCUGAGAUGAUAGGCACAAAUUCACCGUUAACAACAAAGAAUUCUACGAUACCGGGCACGGAACCCGAGUCUGACUCUGGAUUGUCACGUUUCGAAAGUGAAGAUCAAUCUGAAGAAUGGAGGCAGGGUCGGGAUCAUGAACUUGAUGUCGAAGACAGUGAUUCCUCAUCGGAACCCAUAGGGUGUCAUCCCUGGCGAGCUAUGUCCAUCAUACCGUCCAUCGAGUCGGAGAGCGAUGCUGAUGCCAUGGGGUCCCUUAGAACAUCAACCGGCCCUCGUCAGCGAGAUUCGCCUGCUGAUCUCGUCAAUAUGCAAGUCACACCACGACUGGAAACCAGUUUCUCCAGGUCUGUUCCAAUCGGCACCUCGAGACCAUUGCUUGGGCGAAGUACGCCACCUGGUCCACCUCUGCCUAAAUUGGUUUCACCAACAAAUACUGCUAGAGUCGAGGCAGGAGCUGAUUUAGCGAAGGACAAUCAUCCGCGGGCCGUAAGUCCACCGAACCCCAUGAUGUUAUUGAAACAACGUUGUGGAAUAUGCAUAAGGCGCCACCAGCGUUGCUUUCAUAGUCACGAUGGGUCUGACUAUCCAAAUCUUGAUCCCCAAAAGUGCUGGCUUUUCCUCCAAAUCCACACCAGGCAACAAAAGGCCAGAAUAGUGGCGCAGCAGUGGCAAAAGAUACAAGAGGCUGCGAAAAUGUACUCUCAGAGUAAUGAGGGCUCAGAUGCUUUGGAUAAAACCUUGCUCGGAGAAAAAAGCAAUCUUUCUGUAACAGGAGAAGCUGAUGGUACGCAUCUUGUUGAGAGCACGUCUAAAGCCGGGGAGAACGGGCACCACCCAACCAGUGAGCGUGAAGCGCGAAAUUACCAGACAUCCGCACCAAAUGGUGACAUUCCCCUCGCUCAGCUCAGGUCUAGGCACCCCAACCAGCCAGAAGCGUUGAAUCUGGCGAGAGAUUUUGGUCGACGAGAAACCUUGGCAGGUAGAAGGGGCGACAGGCAUGGGACGAAAGAAAAUGGUAGCAUGGCUGAUUCUGAUCAACAACAAGCCCUGAACAUUCUGCGUGAACACGGCAUCAUGAUUGAUUCUGACUCUGACGAGAUUCAUUCAGAAGACGGAGAGCAGCCGAGUCACCACUCAGAGCUUGUGACGGAUCCUUUACACUAUCGUGCCAAGUCGCGAAACCUUUUUGAUUUGGAUCGAUCUCUUGACAUUCGGGAUCCUGAGAAUUACUGGGCCGCGCUUGGUGAAAUUCCUCCAUGGCAGAAGAACAAGCCCACUAGAAAGCAACUCAUGAAAAAUAACAACCUCUUGAAGUGGCAAAUGUGGCGCAACCAACAACGAUUCGGCAACCCUCAUACAGAAACGUUAAAACUGGCAUCUGAGGUACCGUGUAAGACGGUGAUUGUGCGGCAACACCCAUUGGACACCGGCGAUUUAGAGAGUACUCCACGUACGGAGGUGGUGGAAAGCCACAUGAGUUUUAGUGAAUUUGUCGGCCUCCCGAGCAAGCCCAUCGUUGAAUAUGGGCGCAACGACGACGAACUUAUCAUUCGGGAAGGCAAGGACGAGGUGGAGGUGGAGGCAGAGAUUGGAGGCCUUGUGAGGAGGAGGCGCACCAGAGAAGAAGACAAAUUUCCAUUUGUCUAUGACGUUACUCAAGCGAAGAGAGGUGGCUGAUUGGGAGUGUCUGUGAGGCUAGUACUCUACUUUCUUGGGCUGUAUUUCUGGGUGGGAAGUUAUAUAGGUUGGAAUUGUCUUUUCAUUGUCUAGAACAGAAGCCGGUCGGUUGAUCUUUG